CUUUCUAAAAUGUGAGGGUGGCAGUUUCAAUAAAAAAUAGUUUUUAUUUGCGAAAGAAACUGAAAAACAUAAUUGAAUUGCUAAUAAAGUAUCAUAGUCUUGCUAUUUAAAGCACUGGAGGAAGCCUGCUGAUAGAGGUGGUUGAGGCUCUGAGUGGGAGGGAGAGAGAGAGAGAGAAAGAAAGAGAGAGAGGCAGUAACAGCAGGUGAGGAAACCAUGACAUAAAUAAGUGGAAGAGAUACACCUUAACGCAGAAAAGCGAUCGGAAAUAACAAGCUGCUACUCUUCAGAGGUGCGGACUGCAGUGUAUAAGUUACAGAAUGGAAAUGAAUCUCCAGUGCCUGGAAAUCUUGAUGCUGAUGGCAUGUGCGACCUCUGCCUUGCCCACGGACGCUGUGGAACGGAAUCGCAUCGAUGCGAAUGGCUGCCGGCGGUGCCCCCCAGGCCAGUAUCAGGCCGGCUGCACAGUGUGCUCCAUCUGCCCUUCUGGCUAUUACACCAGCGACUGGAACAGCGAAGUGAGCUGUCUUCCCUGCUUCCGAGACUGCAGGAAAGUGUUUAACCUGCAGGUCGUCCAGGAGUGCAGCCCUAAGUCAGACGUGCAGUGCAUCUGCAUAGAUGGCUUCACCUGCAAGUACUCCAACUCGGUGAUGAAACAGUGCAUAUAUUGCCACAUGGGCACUUCUCCACCUCCAACUUCGCCACCUGCACUCCUGAAGAACCAGACAGGAAGUUCAGAAACCAUCUGUGAACCUGGUACUUUCCUAAAUGUGUCCUCAGGGAACUGUGAACCUGAGAUUAAUGAGCCCACAACAGAUACCCCCUCUCACAGCCCUGACACAGGGAACAGACUGCCGUGGGGGUGGUGGGUUGGCCUUCUGUUUUUCGUGCUCUUACUGAUAACACCUGCUAUCUUCUUCGGGAGCCGCAGCGAGGGAACAUGUCUGAAACAAUUUUUCAAGCUGUGUUCAGAUGGUGGCCACAAGGGAGAAGAGGAGGCUGGUGCCCACCCGCCUGAUGUGGCAGCUGGCCAGCUGUUUUCCAGAGAAGCACCCUGGGACGCAAAGACAAUGACCAAUCCCAACAAAGAGAACCACACUGACCUGCCAAACAGCAUGGACCAAGCCCCAAAAGCCAGCGGAAAUUUUGGCCCAUUCCACAUAUACAGUGCAGGAGCGGUAUUUGUCAGUCUGCUGAACCACUUUACAAACCCAGAGGGGGAGACAGAGGGAGUGAAAACACAGAAAGAGGAUAUCCCUCCACCCCCUUCUCCUCCUGUCCACCUGUCGGAAGAGGAGAGGGACGCACAGAAAGACUGUAUUUUCUUUCCGUUGCAGGAACAAGGGAAAGAGAGUCACUUGUCAAAAGAGGAGGAGAUCUAUUGUCAACCGAAGGAGAAGUGACAAUUAAAUUAAAAGUGUAUUUAUUUUUUAUUUCUAAUAAAUCCCUUGUACAUUGUU